CCUGCUCAAGCUCACGACUCAGUCUGUUUGCCUACGACUGCGACGUCUACGGCUACGAUGAGCUUUGGGUUGACGGCGACGGGGCUUUUGCCUCAAAUGGGCCAUGGCUCUGGCUCCGCACUACCCCUCCCGAUUCUCCUUGUGGCUGGAGCAUGCACGGCGGUCGCGACAUUCGUCUCUGCGAUGUCUAUCAUAAUGCAUCUCAAGAACUACAGAAAGCCACAUCUUCAACGACAGGUUAUACGAAUCAUGCUCAUGGUGCCACUGUACGCUAUCGCGUCGUUCAUAUCCUUAUUCUCCCUCGAGGCCGCAUUCUUUAUCGAUGCUGUACGAGAUAUAUACGAGGCUUUUGUAAUCUACUGCUUUUACGACCUGCUCAUCGCAUAUCUUGGUGGAGAACGGUCGUUGCUCAUCCUACUCCAUGGACGUCCACCCAAGUACCCAGUGUUUCCCGGGAACCUGUUUUGGCGGGAAGUGGACGUCAGCGACCCCCAUACAUUUUUGUUUCUGAAGCGGGGCGUCAUUCAAUACGUCCAACUCAAGCCGAUCCUCGCGCUAGCAACAGUUAUACUCAAGGCGGUCGGAAAGUACAACGAAGGAGACCUCCGCGCAGGCUCCGGAUACCUCUAUGUCAGUGUCGUUUACAACGUCAGCAUCUGCCUAGCUUUGUACUGUCUCGCCAUCUUCUGGAUGUGCGUGAACGACGAUUUGAAGCCUUUCCGCCCUAUGCCGAAGUUCUUAUGUGUCAAGGGCAUCCUGUUCUUCUGCUUCUGGCAGUCACUCGGUAUCUCCAUCCUCGUCGCCGGUGGGGCGAUCACCAAACUCGGGCCAUAUACCGACACCGAGCACAUCUCUCUCGGGCUCACAGACACUCUCAUCUGUUUCGAGAUGCCGCUGUUCGCCAUUGCGCACCUGUAUGCGUUCGCGACCCGCGACUAUGUCGACAAGCAUACUGCUUACGUCGCCAGACUACCGUUCCCUUAUGCGUUCCGCGAUGCCUUCGGCCUGAAGGACGUGGUCGAGGACGUCAAGACCACUCUGCACGGCGAAGGCAUGGACUACCGCGAAUUCGAGCCGAGUGAAGGGCAGAUCCACCAGGGCGCGGGACGAGACAGGCGGAUACGGGCGGGUCUCCGGUAUAGCCAAGGCGGGAGGCGCAAGUACUGGCUUCCUCAGCAGGCCACGGCGUCUCGUCCAUCCACCAAAUUCGAGCGCCGGGUCAAUAGGACUGUCGAGCGUGUUGCGGGACCGGACCAGACCGAGGAGGUGUACGCGCCGCUUCUCGGAACGCAGGCCUCAGACGUCGUACACACCGCCCCAGAUCUGCUCACGCCCGACGAGGGCUUCUCCUUGUUCGCCACGGGUGACCCCCUGGCAGAGGAGGGUUACGAGCUUCCGUUCGAGAUCGACGACAUGGACGAGGAGCUCUUCGCGCAUAGCAAGCAGUACCUCUUCGGCGACUACAACUACCCGUGUGUCGACGUGAGCUCGGAGCUCGCCCGCAAGACGAUGUGGAUCGAGGAGGAGCGGAUCCUGCGCGACGAGCACAGCGCCUGGUACUCACCUAUCGGUGGGGGGCAUCGCAACACGUACGGCGCGGUCGAUACGUCGGAACGGCCGCGGCUCGAUUCGGUCCACUCAGGGCCGGUGUUGGGCAAGGGCAAGAACCCAGCGGUGCGCGUUUCGUCAGACCAGGUCGUCAUCGACAAGGAGACGGAGCGGCUUUCCUCCGCGCGUGGUCCCCACGAAGUCCAGCUCCGCUACACCAGCGCGCGGUCAUCACCUGUGCAGUCUCCCAAAGCCCGGCAGUCCCCGCGCGCAACGUACAUACAACCGGUAUCCCGCACCAACUCUGGGUCUCCGCAGACGCCGUCGUCCUCCAGGAAUGGCCCGCCGCCGUCACCGAAGCCCCCAGGGGAACGCCCGGUGUUGCCGCCGGACGCGGUCGAUCUGGUAGUGGAGGACCCGAAUGCAGGCCAGGAGGAGAUGACACGGGAGCGGCGGAAGGGCGAGCCCGCGGUGCGUGGCGGGAGCGCGCUGCAUCGCGUGUACCGCCGUGGCUACGAGGUCGAAGCGGAUGGAGAAAUGAGGCAAGGCGAGGUCGAGGUCGAGCGCGCCACGCCUUCACCACACUCGGAGGACGGGCGGGAGGUAUUCGGGGUUGGGGAAGACGCAGAUGUGGACGACGUGACGGAGCUCGAGCAGCAUGCGGCGGAAGAGGUAGCCGUUGUGCGGGCGGAAACACCGCCUGCGAAUGUGCAGAUCAUCAUCGACGCGGAGGACAAUCCGUGGGCGUAAUCGGGUGGUGUGGUCUCGCUGUUUUGUUGCACACGAUAUUUAUCCUGGGAUAUCGGGGAUCUUGUACUAUACCUGUCCAUAGUUUGUUUGCAAGCGUGCGUAGCUUUGUUGCUUUUCCAAUGGUACAACG